CCAUGCUUCAAGUCAGCAGCAUCCCCCAUGGCAACUGUAACUGAAUCAGUUUAGGAACGAAAUACAGUCUCAAAAAUAUCAAUUUUUGCCAAAAUUUAUCUAUCAGUCGCACUUCUUUAGAGCCCUGAGAUCAUGUGCAUCAUUUUGGAUUAUUGUUUAUGAUUAUAGCAAUGUCUUAAUGUCGAGAUCAAUGGAGUUUGUGCAGCCCGGGAGAUUAACUCCAAAUAACGCAAAAGCGAAGUGAUUACAAAUUUUAUCAUGAGUGAUGUAGAAUCGCUGACGGCUUCUCUAGUAAGAGAAUAUCUCAGUAGAAAGGGGCUCAGGAGUACACUAAAAGUCAUGGACCAGGAAAUUCCAAGAACUGAUAACAGUAUCAGCAAUCGUGCACAACUCGCCAAGGAGAUCCACAUCGAAAAACUUAUGAAGAAAAACAAAGAGCAAGCUGUUGCAUUUCGUACAAUGCUGGAGGUUAUUGUGCAAUAUUUCAAAGAGAAAGGCGCUCCUUCUCUUUCUACAAGGCCAGGCGCACCUGAGCCUGCUCUACCACGGUCAGCAGCAAUUGAGCACACAGCACUGAGAUCAGACCAGCCUGCACUGAGCAUCAAACAAGCACAGCCCUCAAACAAGGAAAGGAAGUCAAGCAUAGAGAAAUCAAAGAAAGCUGAAACAGUAGUGGAAUCAUCAGAUAAACCAGCUGAUGACUCCCAUGAUUAUAGCGAUCUUCUAAAACGACUAGAGAAAUCGGAGACACCAGCCAGAAAGUCUGAGCUCUCUGAACCCCUUGGCUCACAUAAAUCACUGCACCUCAACCAGAAACUUGGCUCAGAAAAACAAGCUGAAAAGCCAAUGAGGCCCAAGUCUCAUCGCAGCCGUACCAAAAGUGGUGGUGGGCUAGGCGGACCGGUGAUAAGCUCCGGACUGGCAGGCUUAGGGGACAAGAGGAUAAAACACAAACGGAACCAAUCUUCUGAACUCAAUGUUACUGGACACAGUUUUAGCACUGAGAAGGUUGUACUUGAUGACGAUAAAGCCAGUGAUGGAUUGUUCAAACCUGAUGAUAUAUUUAAUAAGCCACCUGAAACGUUUAUAGAGGCAAAGAAGGACAUUCCUGCAACCUUCCUACAGCACGACACUCUAGAUGGCUUUCAGAGGAGUGGUAUACCUUCAGCCACUACAUUGGAUAAACUAAAAAAAUCGUCUUCUGGUUCUACUUUUAUUCAGAAAGAUGAGUUAGUUUUUGAAGAUGUUGAUGAUGAAUUGGACCAGGAUCUAGGCCAGUUGUCUCUGGGACCAACCGCUUUAUCUGCAGACUUUGAGAGUAAAGCUAUUUCUCUAGAGAAGGCCAUGGCUCUCAAGAACCUGAUAUUUGGCACAGCGACAGCUUGCUUUAACUCGGAGUGGAAGCAGCAGGGUUUUGGCUUCUGUGAUCUGUAUGGUCUCGAGUUUGGCAUAGUACAGUACAAGGGUGGACCCUGUGGUGUGCUAGCAGUAGUUCAAGGAUUUGUACUGAAACAUCUCCUCUUUCAAGAAAAUAAUAAAAGUAACAAAAAAAUUCUCCAGCCAUCAUCACGUGAGAGAUCGCGGGCGCUGGCGUCCGCUAUCACUGAGAUCCUAUGGCAAGCUGGGGAUAGCAAAACAGCAACAGUUGCUCUGCCUACAGGGAUGGCAAACUCUAAUUUUAUCGGAGCUGGCAGAUACAAACCUGACCAAUUAACUGAAAAUCUGGUGUUACGCUCAUUCAAGUCGUCCGAGAGUCUUCACAGCUUUGUCACCCAACAGAUCUCCCAGGUUGGCGGGAACUUUAAGACCCCAAGGCUUCCCAUCUGGGUAGUAUGCAGCGAAAGUCACUUUAGCGUGCUGUUCUCUCUAGACAAAGACUUGCUCACUGACUGGAAACGAAGUAAGAAGUUUGAUCUGUAUUAUUAUGACGGUCUAGCCAGACAGGAUGAGGAGAUUAGAUUAACAGUUGACACAACGCAAGAGUGCCCAGAAUAUGACGAGGGAGACCUUGUGCCACCACUAGAACUCGUUAUUAGGACAAGAUGGAAAAAGGCAACAGUCUCGUGGAAUGGCUCAGAUCCUAUAUUAUAAUCUCAUUUAGACAUCAUAUCUGAAAAUAUGUACAUUGAGAUGGCCGGCUCCUAAGCAUGAAAGGGUCAAUAAUACGACUGGUAGAAUGUAUAAUUUUAUGUAAAAUACUCAAUUGAUCAUGUUGAGACAAACACAUGUUUAGGCAUUUUAAAAUUUAAAUAUUGUUGUAACAUUUGGGCAAACAAUUACAUUGUCCAAUUUUAUUUAUUGUCAUUCAUGUUAAAUAAUAUCAUGUACAGCAAUGUAUGUAAUAAACGCAGGGGUAACCCUUUCAAUGAA